AUGUUGGGAUUUGUAGACUUGAAGGCUGUGGGCCUAAAAGUGAACUUCGAUAAGUGUGUCUUCCUUCAGCCCUAUCUCCAGUUUUUGGGCCAGGUUGUUGGGCGAGAUAGAAUUCGUUCUGACAACAGAAAAGUGGAAAAGGUUCGAAAUUUCCCCGCCCCUACGAAUUUACAACAACUUUGUGGGUUUAUCGGUUUGGCUUUGUACUACCAAAAGUUUAUUGCCAACUUCGCUUCAAUUGCCUGUCCCUUGCACCACCUAUUAAAAAAGGAUGUGAAAUAUAAGUGGAAACAAGAGCAAGAGGAUGCUUUCAAACAAUUAAAAAGUCAUUUUACGGAAGCAUCUAUACUUCGCUAUCCUGAUUUCGAUAAAACUUUUAUCAUUCAUACUGAUGCCUCAGGAAUUGGAUUGGGUGCCAUGUUGGCUCAGAAGGAUGACCAUGGGAAAGAAUAUGUAGUGGCUUACAUGAGCCGCUCCCUGACCAAACCUGAGAAAAAUUAUAGCACCACGGAAUUGGAGUGCCUCGCUGUUCUAUGGGCGGUUGAAUAUUUUUGUCAUUAUUUCGGCCUGGACCCUUUUUUUGGUUGUUGCCGACUAUGCAGCGCUGAAAUGGCUACAAACUUCGGUGUUAACUGGUCGCUGAGCUCAUUGGAUUCUCCGGUUGCAGCCAUACAAUUUUAA